AUGAUAGAACCCCAGGAGAGCAGUGUCCAGUACAGCAGAAGGAGCAAGAGCCAGGAUGAGGUCAGCAUGAACAUGCAGGUCUCUGAGAGCUCUGGCUGUGAGCAGAUCUACACCAAACUAGGCACCGGGAAGCUGAGCAUCGCAAUGAAGGUAGCAGGCGGAAUCAUUAUGUUCUGGAUCAUCUUCAUCAUCGGCUAUGUCACUGGCUACUAUAUCCACAAGUGCAAGUAGUGCUCGUCUGAAUCUGCUGGACACCUUUACCAAGAGCCCUCCACCUACCCAGAGACCUCUUACUUCCUGGCUCAGACCACCGGGCCAGGCUGGCCCCUGGGGGCACAAACACCU